GCCGCAGCGCGGGGGCGGGGCCGCGGCGCGCAGGCGUCCUAGCGGCGGGUCCCUGCGGCUCGGGAUGGAGGUGUCUUGCCAUCCCUCUGAAGAACAGAAGGCACGUUAUAAAACCAGACAGUUCCCCUUGCAUUCUAUGAGCAAAAUGGAUAUCUCAAACCCCCCAACUUCCAAAUGUAUCACUUACUGGAAAAGAAAAGUUAAAUCUGAAUACAUGCGACUCCGACAACUGAAGCGGCUUCAGGCAAAUAUGGGCGCAAAGGCUCUAUAUGUAGCAAAUUUUGCAAAGGUUCAAGAAAAAACCCAGAUCCUCAAUGAAGAAUGGAAGAAGCUUCGUGUCCAACCUGUGCAGUUGAUGAAGCCUUGUACCAUAGAGAGCAUUUUCCCAGGAUUUGCAAGCCAACAUAUGUUAAUGAGGUCUCUGAACACAGUUGCCUUGGUUCCCAUCAUGUAUUCCUGGUCCCCUCUCCAGCAGAACUUUAUGGUAGAAGAUGAGACAGUUUUGUGCAAUAUUCCCUACAUGGGAGAUGAGGUGAAAGAAGAAGAUGAGACUUUCAUUGAGGAGCUCAUCAAUAACUAUGAUGGGAAAGUCCACGGUGAAGAAGAGAUGAUCCCUGGAUCUGUUCUGAUUAGUGAUGCUGUUUUCCUGGAGUUGGUAGAUGCUCUGAAUCAAUACUCAGAUGAAGAGGAGGAAGGGCACAAUGACACCUCAGAUGGGAAGCAAGAUGACAGCAAAGAAGAUCUGCCAGUGACAAGAAAGAGAAAACGACACGCUCUUGAAGGCAACAAAAAGAGUUCCAAGAAACAGUUCCCAAACGACAUGAUCUUCAGUGCAAUUGCCUCGAUGUUCCCUGAGAACGGUGUCCCGGAUGACAUGAAGGAGAGGUACCGGGAGCUGACGGAGAUGUCAGACCCCAAUGCGCUUCCCCCUCAGUGCACACCCAACAUCGACGGCCCCAACGCCAAGUCUGUGCAGCGGGAGCAGUCUCUGCACUCCUUCCACACACUUUUUUGCCGGCGCUGCUUCAAAUACGAUUGCUUCCUUCACCCUUUUCACGCCACCCCUAAUGUAUAUAAACGCAAGAACAAAGAGAUCAAGAUUGAACCAGAACCAUGUGGCACAGACUGCUUCCUUUUGCUGGAAGGAGCGAAGGAGUACGCCAUGCUCCACAACCCUCGCUCUAAGUGUUCCGGGCGUCGCCGGCGAAGGCACCACAUGGUCAGUGCUUCCUGCUCCAACACUUCAGCCUCUGCUGUGGCUGAGACUAAAGAAGGGGACAGUGACAGGGAUACAGGCAAUGACUGGGCCUCCAGUUCUUCAGAGGCCAACUCUCGCUGCCAGACCCCCACAAAGCAGAAGGCUAGUCCGGCCCCCCCUCAGCUCUGUGUAGUGGAAGCACCCUCGGAGCCUGUGGAAUGGACUGGGGCUGAGGAAUCUCUCUUUCGAGUGUUUCAUGGCACCUACUUCAACAACUUCUGUUCCAUAGCCAGACUUCUGGGGACUAAGACAUGCAAGCAGGUCUUUCAGUUUGCAGUCAAAGAAUCACUUAUCCUGAAGCUGCCAACAGAUGAGCUCAUGAACCCGUCGCAGAAGAAGAAAAGAAAGCACAGGUUGUGGGCUGCACACUGCAGGAAAAUUCAGCUGAAGAAAGAUAACUCUUCCACUCAAGUGUAUAACUACCAGCCCUGCGACCAUCCAGACCGCCCCUGUGACAGCACCUGCCCCUGCAUCAUGACGCAGAAUUUCUGUGAGAAGUUCUGCCAGUGCAACCCGGACUGUAAGUUUCCACUGUUUUCCCCUGUGGUCCUCCCGAAACAGCCAGCCACCGGGCACCCCAGGUUUCCCUCCCCGCCCAUGCCCCUUGCUGCCCCUGGGCCUUCUGAUGUCCUCUUUGCCGUGCACCUGCUGCUGGCCCCCUCAGAUGUGGCCGGAUGGGGCACCUUCAUUAAGGAGUCUGUGCAAAAGAACGAAUUCAUUUCUGAAUACUGUGGUGAGCUUAUCUCUCAAGACGAGGCUGAUCGACGGGGGAAGGUCUAUGACAAAUACAUGUCCAGCUUCCUCUUCAACCUCAACAAUGAUUUUGUAGUAGAUGCUACCCGGAAAGGAAACAAAAUUCGAUUUGCAAACCAUUCAGUGAACCCCAACUGUUAUGCCAAAGUGGUCAUGGUGAACGGGGAUCAUCGCAUUGGAAUCUUUGCUAAAAGGGCAAUUCAAGCUGGUGAAGAGCUCUUCUUUGAUUACAGGUACAGCCAAGCUGAUGCCCUCAAGUACGUGGGGAUCGAGCGGGAGACUGAUGUCCUUUAGCCCUCCUGGGCCCCACGCGAGCGCUUAUGGUAGCAGCAUUGUCUUUGCUCUCAUGCACACAGCACCGCUGCUCGACUUUCCUGCACUACGUGUCUCCCACACCGAGAAACCCCCCACCCACUCCCUGCGCAGCGAGGCCUCCGCUGUGUCCAGUGGGGACAGACUGUCUCAGUGAGAGAGGAGACAGAGGCAGCUAGGGCUGGGCUCCCCAGGAGAGAGCUGUGGAAGCGGGAGACCGCGUCUCAGGCCUUGGAGGAAGAGAGCACAGGCUGGGGGUGGGUGGCUCAGCGUGGUUUCUUGUCUGCUCCGUAGGUCUUGGGCCUCAGCAGUCCACCUGGGCAGUUCCUAACAAGCAUUGGCCUGUAAUUCUAACUUUCCAAGUCAAGGGUCCUUGUCUAAUUGGGUCGCCAGCCUAUGUCUCUGUGGUAGGUCGUAGGACCAGAGAGGAUGGGCUAAGUGAAGUUUGGUACCUGGAGCUCACGAGUGGCCUGGGUUAAAGGCAAGCCUGGCGGGGGGCACAGACUGAAUUCAGAGGGGAGACGGGUCACCUUACUACCUCUUCCCUCCUGGCGGGGUUCACAUUGAAGGAGUGUGGGUUCUGACUAUAGAAAUUCAAUGCUGGCAGAAGGAAAGCUAAGUGCCGUUCUUCCACGGACAGAGAGCGAGAGCCAUCCUGAUGACAGCAGUUCAGCUGCUAAGCUUGGGGCCCAACAGGCUUUCAGAAACCUUCUCUGUACUCUGGAGAUGGAUGGAUAAGUUUUCAGAUUCCUGAAAGCAGGUGCCAGCGCCCUGUCAGCUCCUUCCAAAGCUCGGGCUUGGCGACCGCAGGCAGGCAUCGUGCUGCUAUUGAAGACGCACAGGAGGUAUGCCGGGCCAGGCCGGGCGUGCGCGCUCUGGUCCUGGGUAUGGAGGCCGUCUUCAGGCCUUGCAUUCCCUUUAGAGGCCAAGCCCGUGGGGCCUCUGUUGCUUAUCUCUUCCGGGUAGAUGGGCGAAAGCCUGGACUAGAGAGGGGGAAGGUUGUCAAGGUGAUUUACUUUCCUGUCUGUAGCACCUGCUGUUGGAGAGGGUGAGUUGACAGCAUGUGUUUGGAGAUGGGUGAGGGGCUCCCAAGUUGCACGUGUUCAGGAUGGCACCACGCUUGCAAGUGCACACUGGCAGAGGGUAGUUGAAGUGUUGAGAAGAAGCAGGCCAGCCUCCUGUGCCACUGCAUGGUGCCGUUCUCUCUGGGAUUCUUGAAGAACAAAGCACUUUAUUUCUUUGAGAAGGUCUGUAGCUGAGGUGGAGUUUGAACUAAAGUCUCUGGGAUCCCUGCCCAAAUCCCAUUCCUAAGGGAAAGGGAAGGAGAGGGGGUUGGAAGAUUCCCCUCCAGUUCUGUCUCAGCUCCUGGUGGAGGCAGGAGGAGCUUCCUUGACACACAGGAAGUGAAUGAGGAUGGGGCCAGCUCUAGGAGCCAGCCCUGUGUCUGUGGCUGGCGUGCUGAGCUGACAGGGAAUAAGGAGCAUUGUGCUGGGUAAAAAGGACGUGGCAGUGACAGGCUGGCCUAGGGAAUAUCAGCAUAGGGAGCAGGCUUCUCUUUUCUCUAGGGAAUCCAAGCCUUUCUUCCUCAGUCUGUACUGACCACUCCCUUCCUCCAUCCCUACUGGCUGUCCCACGAAGCAAGGAGUGGGGUUCCCUCUGGCCAAACUGUCGCCUGGGGAUUUGGGUGGGACGUGCACACACACACACUCACAUCUCCACGCGCCACACUUGUGAGCACUCAUGCACUCAGCACUGAGCACACACCCAGCCAGCUCCUGACGGAAGCCUCUUCCCACCUGACCGGCCAGCCCCGCCACCAUUCCGAAAUCUGCAUCUGCUGUGGUUUGUAUCCGUUGUGUACCGGGGAUGCCCUCUAGCCCGAUUGGGCUCUGAAGUACUCGUAAAUUAUAGGGGAAAACCAGAGACAAAUGAAGAAGCAGGAGUUAGGUCUGUCUGAAGGUGGGGCUGGCUGUGAGGAAAUCAUGGGGAAAAAAUUACAUCCAGCCACUGAGAGGCUAGAUUGACCCCACUCUUCCCUCAGCAUGCGGAACCCUGUCCUUCCCAGUUUCAGACCACUGAUACUCCUGUUCUGCCAGCAUUCCUAUUUUCCCUGCUGUCCCCCACGUAUAAUGACGGGUCUCAACCCCUCCCCCCAGACAUGGUUGAUGGAUGGAGCAAGGUGGUGGGGACUUGGGGUGGGGGAGGCUGGUAUAUGUGCGGCUUUAUCGCCAGUGAAUUUCACGCACUUUAAAGUCCUGUGGCUUGUGACCUCUUAUCUGAAUAAAGUGAUAGAGUCCA